UCCCCGCGGCGCUGUUGGAGCGGGGCUGCGGAGCGGAGCUGCUGAGUGCCACCAUGUUCCAGGGCGCUGAGGCCGAGCCGGCCAAGCCUAGCUCCAGGGUAUUGAAACCCCCAGGGGGAGAUUCUAGUAAUCUCUUUGGGAGUACAGAAGAAGUGUCUUCUUCAAGCAGGCCACACCGGAUGGCAUCCGAUAUCUUUGGAGCAUCAGAAAAACCUCAGAACAUUCCAAAAAGAACAAACCCUCCAGGAGGAAAAGAAAGUGGCAUUUUUGAGGACUCUAGUUCUGCUCAGCCUCGUCCACGCUUGAAUCCACCUGGUGGGAAGACAAGCGACAUCUUUGGGUCUCCUGUCUCUCCUAGCAUUGUGCGAGCACACCCAAACAAACCCAAGGAUCACAUUGUCUUAAAAGAAGAGGAAAUCCCAAAGAAGCUAGAAGCUACAGAAAAUACUAAACCAUACCUGGAAGACAGAGGCGAGAAAAAAGCUCUGGGCAAAGAGGAGCAACGCAAGGAGCCAGAACCCAAGAUGGACAAUCACGAACCCCGACUAGGACCAAGGCCACGCUCACACAACAAAGUCCUCAAUCCACCAGGGGGGAAAUCCAGCAUUGCAUUCUAUUAGGGUCAUCAUGUCACUGUCACUAAUGGAGAAACUCUUGUCUGUGGCGGUGAGGUCAGUUAAUACACUAUUGCUUGUGAAUAGAUUCUUAGGCAGAUGAAUGAGGGGUAUGUUGGAGUACGUAGGAAUCUGGAGAUUUGGGAGGAAAGGCUGGGGAGGGAAUGGGUGCUUUGUGGGAGAUGUGAGUACUGGCCUGCCUGGGUGGGUGGCAGAGCCAGACAUUAGUGUAACUUCGUGAAUAAUUAGUGCUACUUAGUGGUGAGUUCCUCAGACUGUUAGGUAAGAACAUAACUAGCUAGCUUGUGCCUCAGGACGCUCUUGCAGAAUCGGGCUUCCAUACAGUCAACACAUCAAACACUGUGAAUGGGAAGGGGCCUGAAGGUCACAUUUGAAGAUUCUGGAGUACGGCAGGUAGGCUGAGCUUUCCCCUGGGCAAUGGGAUGCAGCUUCCAGCGUGAGCUGACUUGCAGUCGUGUGACUGUAAAUGUGUUCCGCUGGAACAGGUAGUGCUGACAUGGUUCAGAGUGUCUUCAGUUAUUGCUUCUUUUUCUUCUUUCUUGCUUGCAGCACAUGAUUGCUGAUAUAAGGACAAAAUAUGUUGAAAGUUUCUUUUAUACUCCUAAACAAUCAUAUAUUUGUAAAGAUUGUGGUCUUCCCCUGCCUAGGUAUUCAGGUCUUUUGGAUGCUUUUAGUAAUUUGCUGAUUACUGUAACUAGUUCUUCACAUGUGGCAGUCCAACUUGCUGUUUCGUGUAGGUGCUUCCAGUUGAGUGCUUGUAUGUUUUCUGGUAAAAAUGUGGAUGCAAACAAUAGCUUUAUGGUACUCUUUGAACAGAGGCAACUUGGAAGUUUACCAUGGAGCAUAUGCUGAGGUGUCAGCCAGGUCUCUCUGACCCAGCCUUUGUAGAAAGGGCUUUCACAGGUUUUCACUUGGCUCCCUGUGGAAACCAGGACAGUUCUCCUGUCUCCACCACAGUGAAUUUCCUGUUGGUUUUGCCUGUGCUGAGUCUGUUAGUCAAUUCUUCUGUCUUGCAUCAGCCUUAUCUUUGCCUUUGACUGUCUCAGAUUUUUGUUGGGAAAACUAUGCGAGUUCUCCCCAGCUAUGUGAAUUGUAGUUGAUUUUGAUUACCUUAGUUGGAAAAUCAAAGCCAGCACAAACAGAAGGUUUGUAUUACUAAAAUCUGUCAUAAAUCAUGUUUGGAAGAUGUUUUGCACAGAUGUUUUUGGGGGAGGAUUUGUUCUCUGAAUGGAUUUUAUUAUCAUAUCCAGAGCUUUGAUAUAUGAGUGUUAUCUCUAGGUACUUUCUCUUAAAUAUAUUGAAUACUGAUCUUUUAAAUCUGACAUAUCAAAACAGGCGUUGUUCAGGUACACCAAAGAACAAGUGGCCUUAUUGUGUAUAUCCACUGCUGUUCUUGCCCACAUUCCCUGAGACCUGCUGCCGUUGAGAUGGGAUGCUGGGCCAGGUGCUAAACCGUUCUGUGAUUGUAAUGCUUCCUAGGCUGCUCAGCUCCCUUGUGCCAGCAGCUGUGGGUGACUGCUUUAAGACUUAGCUGCCUUUUCAAAUAGAGAAACAUAGGGGCAGUGCUGGGAUAGAAACAGCCAUGGCAAGUAGGGAUUCAAAUGCCUUUGUACCUUUCAGAUUGGUUUGGAGCUGCCUGUUAAUUUUCCCCCAGGAAAACAAGGCAGUAGUUCAAACUGCAGCCCUGGAAUGAACAUAUGUUACUUCCCAAUAUGUAUUUCUUAGCCCCUCUUCCUGAGUCUGUGCUCUCCAGCCUCUGUCUGAGUCUCAGACACAUUAGCCAUUUCAGUUCCUUGUUCCAGUGCUUGACAGGAAGCUGUCAUAUAGAAAAGCAACCAGAAGCUGCUUCCUACACCAGAGCAAACUGGUGUAGGAAAUAUUUAGUACCUAAUGUGCAUUGGCUUCAGUGCCUGUCCUUUAAAGAGCAAAUUUUAACUAGGCCUUAAAUUAGUUAAACUAUGUUAAAUUUGUUGUAUUUCUUUCUUUGAAAUGGAAACAAUGUUUUCAAUUCUUCAUGUAAGAUUGAUCUGAGCAUUUCUCUGGGGCAGAAGGGGAUUGGAAAUCAAAUGACAGAACGUGCAGUUACCAAUAAACAAGUAUUUUGUUACUUUA